AUGUUGGAUCAACACGCCCACGCGGUUCAUUUCGUUCAUGUUUUGGUUUUGUUGAGCGCUGGUCCAGAGGGUGCGGAGCUGUUUGCUGCUGUAGAUGUUGGAGUCGCAGGAGCGGUGGAAGAUGGGGAAGGGUUGGGUUGUGCGGGGAAGAGAGUUGGAUGGGAUGUGGGUGGUCGUGGGAUGGGAGAAGGGGAUCAUUUUGUGUUGUUUUGGUGGAAGUACUUUGGUUUGUUUGUUGAUUGGGUUGUGUAUAUCUGGUUAUAG